UAUAUUAAACUUUAAUAUGGACUUUAUACCAUUAUGCUUUACUUUUGGUUGCCCCGUGAAACUCAAACCAGACGGACAGCAACCAUCUCAGCCAUUGUUAUGUCCCCACUGUAAUAACGGUGCACUUGCACCAUUUAAAUCCAGGAGAUGGUUUGAAUUCUGCUUUCUACCAAUAAUUCCCUUUGGUUCAGAUCAUAUAUGGCACUGUAAUAUCUGUAGCUGGGAAGCAGACAGAAAGUCAUUCAAUCCUAUACCUGCACAACAGUCCUUCCAGCCACCAUAUCAACCCCCAUAUCAACCUCCAUAUUAG